AUGACAUCAUCAGGAGCCACAUCACCAUCACCAAUAACGUUAGCACAAACCACCUCAGGUGCCUCAACAUCAGUAGCAUCAACAUCAUCAGGAGCCACAUCCCCAUCACCCAUAACGUCAGCACAAACCACCUCAGGUACCUCAACAUCAGUUGUACUAGCAUCAGGAGCCACAUCACCAUCACCCAUAACGUCAGGACAAACCACCUCAGGUGCCUCAACAUCAGGAGCAUCAACAUCAUCAGGAGCCACAUCACCCAUAACGUCAGGACAAACCACAUCAGGUGCCUCAACAUCAGGAGCAUCAACAUCAUCAGGAGCCACAUCUCCAUCACCCAUAACGUCAGCACAAACCACCUCAGGUGCCUCCACAUCAGUAGCAUCAACAUCAUCGGGAGCCACAUCACCAUUUCCCAUUACGUCACCACAAAUCACCUCAGGUGCCUCAACAUCAGGAGCAUCAACAUCAUCAGGAGCCACAUCUCCAUCACCCAUAACGUCAGGACACACCACUUCAGGUGCCUCGACAUCAGUAGCAUCAACAUCAUCAGGAACAACAUCACCAUCACCCACAACAUCAGCACAAACCACCUUAGGUGCCUCAACAUCAGUAGCAUCAACAUCAUCAGGAGCUACAUCACCAUCACCCAUAACGUCAGCACAAACCACAUCAGGUGCCUCAACAUCAGUUGUACUACCAUCAUCAGGAGCAACAACACCAUCACCCAUAACGUCAGCACAAACCACAUCAGGUGCCUCAACAUCAGUUGCACCAACAUCUUUAGGAAUAACAUCUGCAUCACCCAUGACGUCAGGACAAACCACAUCAGGUGCCUCGACAUCAGUAUCAUCAACAUCAUCAGGAGCCACAUCUCCAUCACCCAUAACGUCAGCACAAACCACCUCAGGUGCCUUAACAUCAGUAGCAUCAACAUCAUCAGGAGCCACAUCACCAUUUCCGAUAACGUCAGCACAAACCACCUCAGGUGCCUCAACAUCAGGAGUAUCAACAUCAUCAGGAGCCACAUCACCAUCACCCAUAAUGUCAGGACAAACCACAUCAGGUGCCUCAACAUCAGUAGCAUCAACAUCAUCAGGAGCCACAUCUCCAUCACCCAUAACAUCAGGACAAACCACUUCAGGUGCCUCGACAUCAGUAGCAUCAACAUCAUCAGGAACAACAUCACCGUCACCCACAACAUCAGCACAAACCACCUCAGGUCCCUCAACAUCAGUAGCACCAACAUCAUCAGGAGCUACAUCACCAUCACCCAUAACGUCAGCACAAACCACAUCAGGUGCCUCAACAUCAGUAGCAUCAACAUCAUCAGGAGCCACAUCACCAUCACCCAUAACGUCAGCACAAACCACAUCAGGUGCCUCGACAUCAGUAGCAUCAACAUCAUCAGGAGCCACAUCACCAUCACCAAUAACGUUAGCACAAACCACAUCAGGUGCCUCCACAUCAGUAGAACCAAUAUCAUCAGGAACAACAUCACCAUCACCCAUAACGUCAGCACAAACCAUAUCAGGUGCCUCAACAUCAGUUGUACUAGCAUCAAGAGCCACAUCUCCAUCACCCAUGACGUCAGGACAAACCACCUCAGGUGCCUCGACAUCAGUAGCAUCAACAUCAUCAGGAGCCACAUCACCAUUUCCCAUAACUUCAGCACAAACCACCUCAGGUGCCUCAACAUCAGGAGCAUCAACAUCAUCAGGAGCUACAUCACCAGCACCCAUAACGUCAGCACAAACCACCUCAGGUGCCUCAACAUCAGUUGUACCAGCAUCAUCAGGAGCAACAACAACAUUACCCAUAACGUCAGCACAAACCACCUCAGGUGCCUCAACAUCAGUAGCAUCAACAUCAUCAGGAGCCACAUCACCAUCACCAAUAACGUUAGCACAAACCACAUCAGGUGCCUCCACAUCAGUAGCACCACCGUCAUCAGGAGCCACAUCCCCAUCACCCAUAACGUCAGCACAAACCACCUCAGGUACCUCAACAUCAGUUGUGCUAGCAUCAGGAGCCACAUCACCAUCACCCAUAACGUCAGGACAAACCACCUCAGGUGCCUCAACAUCAGGAGCAUCAACAUCAUCAGGAGCCACAUCACCCAUAAUGUGGAACGGUGGGCCAUAG